AUGGCAUUCAAACCCAAAUCUGCUACUCCUGGAGAGAUCCGUAUGACACAAAAAUUGAGUGUAAACCUGACAGUACGAAGCCAAGCUGAUAUAGUGAGCUCUAGGACCCCCCAAACGGGCAAUGCAUCUGGUACCAAGCCCUCCGUUAUGGUCACCAUUCCUCACCAGGCUCAAUGGCCGUUGGUAAAGCUUAGAAAGACACGCCAGGAUUCAUCCACAACCGCUUCACCUCGUAGCCGUGCUCCAAUUUUUUGGAAAGCGUCGAGACCGACGUAUCUCUACGCGGGCCCGCUUGGUGAGAUUGUAGGCGAGGUCGAGGAGGGCACGGUAAUCCUGGAAACGGAUCGGUAUCUAGACCCUUUCAACAGCUGGUGGUUGAGCACGCCUACCAUUGAGGAUGGCUCGCUGGCGUGGGUUUCCCUCAAUCAUCCUUCAUCAGAGCCACAGCUCUCGCCACCUGAGACCACCUCCACGUGGCAACGGGUGAAGGACGACCGCCCGGCGUCUGACGAGUCCUCACCCGGCAUGCGACCGCAUUUACCGGUCCAGGAUCCCCCGCUGGCAGGGGAGGAAAUGAAGGGGGUUGGUGUGUAUCUUGCCGAACUAAGACGUUGGGCGGCGGGGAAGGUGGACGGAGUUCCCUCUGAUGUGGAGUUGAUUGACUAUUAUUGGGAUGUCUUGGCGAUGUUCUCCACCGAUGACGUUGUUCGGCAUUGGAAUUUCCGCUACCAGGAGGCGAUUGAGGCUCUCUUGUACGAGCCUUUGCGCAAGAAGUGCGAUGGAAGAGGCAUCCCCUCGGAUGAUUUGGAUGAGCUAUGGGGGCCAGCACGGGAUCGUCUUGAGCGACUGCUCUCGGAAUUCCAUGUGGCAGUCGAGGGUGUAGCUGUGGAAUUUAUAAGGGAUAUUGAGAGACCUCAAGAGUCUCGUUGUCUUCGUCGACAUCCCGUUCACAUCAACGUAUUUUAUUAUGAGGAUUUGUGCAUAAGGGUGUGCACUGACACUCCACAAUCGUCGUACGGUGGUGAGUCAAAUGCACAUAAGGCUGCAAAAAACGCUUUCCAGAGUUACGAGUACCUGUCUCUCGGGGCGGCGUCUAGCCUUUGCUUACUAAGUAUUCCUUUGUAUGCAUUGGCUGAGUUCGAAGGUUACAAGCUGCUUGUAUGUGCCAUCCCGCCGCUUAGUUCCACCAACUGUGUUUACGCGGCAUUACGAGGUGGCUCGUGCGUGGAAAAGGUUGAACUUCUCGAUACAUUAUUAAAACGACUUGCCAUGUCACUCAACCUGAGUCCACACGUAGUGCAGGAAUCGGCUCGGCAUGGGGAUGCUUCCGCUAUUUCUACUAGCGUAUCGCCGAGCAGCUGUAGCAUCAGCACGUCGGAGGUGACACUUCCAGUGGAUAUUGAGCUAUACACUGGCAAAGAUCGGCGUCUUUAUCUUCUGAACGGGUCCCGUGUGUUGCCAUGUAGCUUUCCUGUUUCUUUAUCUUUACUAAGAGAAUCCACCUCUUGCUCUGCACACAGCAAGGAACCUCAGCCGGGGAACGCGCUUUCUAUACUCUGGCACGUGGCUGCACAGCGCGUUCGUGCAGAGCUGCUUCUUCGUUGGCCGCAACCAGUUAAUCCGGACUGGUUUGUCGAAGGUGCGUGCACCGCACAGGAUGUCGAGCGCUUGCGGGAGCUGAGUGACUUCGUCCAAACGGAUGGCAUCUCGACAGUCGCGGGGAUGCUGGGUCUCAUGUUGCCCGUUGAACUCCCUCUGCUUCCCGUUCAGGAAUGCCGUCUCUGCGGAAGGUGUUUGGAAAACGAGUUACGGCUCGUGGUGUGUCGCCAUGAGAAUCGGUGCUGCUAUAUCUGCACGCAUUGUUAUACGGUGCGCAUGUUAGCUGGAUUAGACAGCCUUUCCAACUGGAAAGAGAGUAAUGCAUGCUUAUCAGGUAGAGGUAAGUAUGAGCAUCAUAAUUUAUGCAUGAUAACCGAUCACGUCAACUUUUCAGAUGCUGUGCGAUGCGGCGGGGUGGCACGGAGUGCUGACGCACUGGAACUGGUGCCCUCGAUAGCAGCACUUACACAUGCUAACGGCCUCAACCUGCGGUAUUUAGGCUUCGUGUACAAUCGACUGCCACAGGCAUCUCGCCCUGUUAUGGGGCCCUACUUAGAGGUGGAAAUGGUUUCGAGGGCGGCAGCGAAGCUUUUGGCAUGUCGCUUAAGUAGGGCACUGACGCCGGAGUGUGCCCGUGCCGUCGUGGAGGAAUUUCUCACGGAGCUCUUGAGCCCUAGUGGGCGGGCGGCGGAGCGAUUUUGGAGUGAAGAGUUGGGUCCGCAAAUUGGACGCUCAUUUCCAGGUAUUGCUUCGCCCUUCUCUACUGCCACCCUUUCGGUAGAGUUGUUGUUGGAACGUCUUUGUGAGCUUUCUGGUUUGGACUUAUCGAAUGAAAGUUUUAGAUCCUUUUCUCGUCUUGAUUCAGCAGAAUUAGGGGUAUCGGCAAAGAGUUAUGAGGUAUUAUCUAAUACUUCUGCUAAGCCCUUUAUUGAAAUAAAAGCCAUCCUUCCUCGUGUCAAGGUUUAUCGAAUGCCUUUGCAGAUCUCUUUAGCAAAUCGAGAAAGGGCGGAUGCUGCUAUUUCAUCAGUGUUCGAGCGGCUGUUAGUUUUCUGGAUCGGGUACGCACCAAAGGAUUCAGACGAAAGGCUUCAACCUAAUUAUCUGAGUAAAUUGGAUGCAGACUAG